CACACGUUUCCAACGAAUAUUUUAAUAAGAGGUGAAUGGGUAGCGGCUGUAAGACUGAGCCGAAAUGAACCACAAUGGCAGCCAUCCUCAUCAAGUGUGGUUUGUUCAGACCAUUUUGAUAAGGCUGACAUGUAUGAUACAAAACAUGGACUUCGCAGAGUCCAUAGAACAGGAUAUCCAAAAAAGAAAUUAUUUCCGCAUUCCGGUAAGGUUGUCAGUGAUGUAUUGUUGCCAAAUAUACCAUCUCCAAUUGUUCCUAACUUACCAGUCUCGCCUAAUGUUGUCCUCGACAGUAACUACGCAGUCUUACCGAGUACAUCUUCUACAGCCGUUCUCGACUUACCAGUCUCGCCUAGUGUUGUCCUUGACAGUAACUAUGCAGUCUUACCGAGUACAUCUUCUACAGCCGUUCUCGACCUACCGGAUGAGUCUAAAUCAGACUUUAACCAACAUUCAAUCUUUGAUACACCAAGAAAAUAUAGACUAAGGGAAAAGUUAAAUAAACAAGAAGUUUCCUUAAAAAAAAAAUGUAAAAAAAAUUAAAUCAUUACAACAAAGAGUCAGACGUCUUAAAAACAGGAACUUGUCACUCAAAGAAAUCAUUAAUAACUUAAAAACGCAAAAUUUCAUCGACACAGAUUUAUAUAACUCACUAAACCAAAAUAUGGCUACAAUAGAUUUAUUUAACAAUUUGAAUCGAAAAAAAGAAAAAAAGAGCAUUAAAUAUACACCG